UCCACGUUGCCCUUUCUCCCCCACACUCGCCUCGCCUGCCCCCUCCGAUCGAUCGAGAGAGGAAAAACAAUGGCGAUGGCGGCGGCGAGGAGAGCCCUCCUGACCCACCUCCGCGUCCCGGUGGCGCGUCCCGCGGCGGCGGCGGCGGCGGCGGGAACCGUCCCCGUCGCGGCCCGGAGGCUCCUGUCCUCGACUACGGAGGAGACGAAGGGGUCGUUCCUGGACAAGGGCGAGGUCGCCGACCGCGUCGUCUCCGUCGUCAAGAACUUCCAGAAGGUUGAACCCGCAAAGGUGACACCUACUGCUCAUUUCCAGAAGGACCUCGGGCUCGACAGCUUGGACACCGUCGAGGUUGUGAUGGCGUUCGAGGAAGAAUUCGGCUUCGAGAUCCCUGACAACGAGGCAGAGAAGAUUGACUCCAUCAAGUCGGCGGUUGACUUCAUCGCCUCACAUCCACAGGCAAAAUGAGAGCAUUUCUUGUUUUCCCGUCUCAGCACACUUUCACAUCCAGAACUCGUGUGCAGACACGGAAACAAUUUUCUGUAGCCUGCCCCAGCGGGUGUAUGGCCUGAAGCUGUUCCACCUGCACCUGCUGAUGGAUAGGAAGCCAGUUCUUUCUCUUUAUCGACCAUGUUGAAAUAAACCGUGUACCAAUUGGUUGUCGCGCUUUUGUGACCCCGUUUGCAGGUGUUGGAACACCUUUUGCGGCCAAACUUGUGUACAAGGUGCGUGAAAGUCCUUAGUAGCACAUUAAUCCAUAGAUAUAUUCGGAUGUGUUUUCUUC